CUAUCCUGAAGCAAAUUGUUCAAACUUCACUAUGUAGGGCAAGCCUACAACCCAGAUUAGCACAUAGAGUGGAAGAACUCAAUUUCUAUCCUUAGGCUAGCUUGUUUGAUGCCGGAGAAGUUAUGUUUUUUUCUUUGUUUUGGUUGAGUUUUGAACCUAGGACUAUGUUCAGGUUGCAGACUACUAUUUAAGAAUUAUGUAAACUUCCUAUUUGGUAAAUAAUAAAAGUUAGUUACAAAAAACGAAAAAAAAUUAGAUACCUGUCCGAAUCAGAAAAGAAAGAGACCAUUUUGGUCCCACAAUUAAAUUUCUGUCAUUUUCCCAUUAUUUACACCUUUGAAAUCUCGAGUGUAUAUCGACUUUUUUGGAAAGGCAUUUUAGGCAUUCCUAAAACAUGGAAAACGAAAAACAUUAAUACAUCACUUGUCUUAAUUUUGUGCAGAUAGUAUAAGAAUAAAGCUACCUAGAAACAUUAAACUCAAACUCACAACCACAAUGGGUAUUCUUGAAUACCCUCUUAUUUCCUUGAUAAUUCUAUGCAUCACUUAUUGGUACUUCAAAAAUAAAUGUACGAAAAGUAGUUCAGUGCCAACAAAUUGGCCUCUUGUUGGAAUGUUGCCUGGAAUUAUUCAAAAUGCUCAUAGAGUCCAUGAAUAUUUGACUUCCAUUCUUUUAGAAACUGGUUACAAUUUUGAGUUCCAUGGUCCUGUUUUUGCCAACAUGAACAUGUUAUUCACUUGUGAUCCUGCAAAUAUACACCAUAUCCUUAGUAGAAGUUUCUCAAACUAUCCAAAGGGACCUGAGUUUCGUGAAAUAUUCGAUAUAUUAGGAAAUGGGAUCUUCAAUGUUGAUUCUGAGUUAUGGGAGAUUCAGAGGAAAACCACAAUGUCCUUAAUGAACCAUGCCAAGUUCCAAACGUUGUUAGAACGUAACGCUUGGGACACUAUUGUUAAAGGUCUCGUACCAAUUCUUGAUACUUUUGCAGAACAGGAUAUCCUGUUUGAUUUGCAAGACAUUUUUCAGAGAUUCACUUUUGACACUAUCAGCAAAUUGUUACUUGACCAUGAUCCGAAAAGUUUAUCCAUAAAUUUAACUCAUGUGCCAUGUGAAAAGGCGUUCAACGAUGCUGUGGAUGCAGUUUUAUACAGACAUGUGUUACCAAAAUGCUACUGGAAGUUGCACAAAUGGCUUCAAGUUGGGAAAGAGAAGAAUUUAAUGAAAGCGUGCGAGGCUUUCGAUCAAUUUUUGUAUGCUGUGAUGUCAAAGAAGCACGAAAAACUGAUGAAUAAUGACAUCAAAGAAGAGGAUCAUGAUUUCGACUUGUUGACUGAUUAUGUUAAAGCAUACAAUCAGUGUACGAAUGGAGAUAAUGCUAGUAAGUUGAGUAGUGUACAAGAAUUUCUAAGAGACACUUUCUUGAAUUUGAUGUUUGCUGGUAGAGACACCACAAGCACAACUCUCACUUGGUUUUUUUGGCUCUUGGCUAAAAACCCCUUAGUAGAGAAAAAGAUUAGAGAAGAGAUUCAACAACAAUUGCAUCUUAAAGAAGACGAAAAUCUCAAGUCUUUAUUCGACAUAGAAGAAACAAGAAAACUAGUCUAUCUACAUGGUGCAUUUUGUGAAGCUCUUCGGCUAUUCCCACCCGUUGCAAUUAACCACAAAGCUCCAGCUGAACUAGAUGUCCUCCCAAGCGGUCACCGUGUAAGUCCAAACACAAAAAUAUUGUUAUCGUUUUAUACAAUGGGGAGAAUGGAGGCUCUAUGGGGAAAAGAUUGUUUAGAAUUCAAGCCAGAGAGAUGGAUUUCGGAGCAAGGAGGGAUAAAACAUGAGCCGUCAUACAAAUUUCCAGCGUUUAAUGCGGGGCCAAGGACUUGUUUAGGGAAAGAAAUGACAUUCAUUCAGAUGAAAAGGGUGGCAGCUACCAUAAUAUACAAUUACCAAAUUCAAAUAGAGGAAGCACAAACAAUUUCGCCUACUGCUACUGUUGUGAUUCGAAUGACAAAUGGUUUGAAGGCUAGGGUGGUUAAAAGGGCUUCUCUUUAGUCCAAAUGAGUGCCGGUGAAAUGUGUGUAGUAAUAAAUUGUGUUGAGUGGAACUGGAAUCAUGAUUUUUGUGAAUGAAAAUAAAGUAUUGUACCUGUUGUCUUUCUUUUCUAGUGUUUCAUUGCAUGUAAUUUGUAAUAGAUCAAUGUUGUUUCCAGAUUCUUUUUGCUGUGCAA